AUGUGCGCCACUCGUCUAACUUUUGCUGUGUAAUCCGAACGAGUGAGAUUGUGUUGUCGGUUGUUGUUACAUUUUUUGGCUUUAACGUAAAAACAAUCUUAUUCUUUAACAUGGAGUAUUUACUUGGGAUUCAGGGACCAGAUUUUGUCCUAGUAGCCGCUGAUAAUGUUGCAGCCAGCAGCAUCAUUCAGAUGAAACACGACUAUGACAAAAUGUUCAAACUAAGUGAGAAGAUUUUGCUGCUAUGUGUUGGUGAAGCAGGAGACACGGUACAGUUUGCAGAGUACAUUCAGAAGAAUGUUCAACUCUACAAAAUGAGGAAUGGUUAUGAACUCAGUCCAACAGCAGCAGCAAACUUUACACGGAAGAACCUUGCUGACUACCUUCGAAGCAGGACUCCGUACCAUGUCAACCUGUUAUUGGCAGGUUAUGAUGAGACCGACGGCCCUGGCCUCUACUACAUGGACUACCUGUCUUCCCUGGCCAAGGCCCCAUUUGCUGCCCACGGCUACGGGGCCUUCCUCACCCUCUCCAUUCUCGAUCGCUACUACAGGCCAGAUCUGACUCGUGAUGAAGCGGUGGAUCUGCUGAAGAAGUGCAUUGAGGAACUAAACAAGCGCUUCAUCCUGAACCUUCCCUCCUUCACCGUCCGACUGAUUGACAAGGAGGGCAUCCAUGACCUGGAGACACUCACCCUUGGCGCCAAGUGACCAAUCACUGCUUCGCCAAUGACCCUCCUACCCUUUUUUUUUCUUUUUUUUUCUUUUGUACCGUUGACCCCCCUUGCCCUUUGUGUUCCAAUAAAACAUGACACACUGUUGAG